AUGUCUGACGACUGGAAGAAGAACUUACACAUCCCUGAGAGGGACACAAGACCUCAGACUGAGGAUGUGACCAAGACCAAGGGUAACUCGUUUGAAGACUUCUACCUCAGUAGGAAACUACUCAUGGGGAUCUUUGAAGCUGGUUUCGAGAAACCAAGUCCCAUCCAGGAGGAGUCCAUACCUGUGGCAUUGGCCGGCCGUGAUAUCCUUGCAAGAGCUAAGAACGGUACCGGUAAGACUGCUUCGUUUAUUAUUCCAACGUUGGAGAAAGUCAAACCAAAAGUGGAAAAGAUCCAGGCGUUGCUGUUACUCCCUACGAGAGAAUUGGCGUUGCAAACGUCGCAGGUUGUUAGAACAUUGGGUAAACAUUUGGAUAUCCAAUGUAUGGUGACAACAGGUGGUACCUCUCUCAGAGACGAUAUUGUUAGAUUGCAAGAGCCUGUCCACAUCCUUGUUGGUACACCAGGUCGUGUCUUGGACUUGGCCAGCAGACAGAUUGCUGACCUCUCAAGCUGUUCCAUCUUUGUCAUGGAUGAGGCGGACAAGAUGCUUUCUCAGGAGUUCCAGAGAGUAAUCAACCAAAUUCUUGCAUUCUUGCCAGAGAAGCACCAGUCUAUGUUGUUCUCUGCUACUUUCCCACUCACAAUCCAGAGCUUUAUUGCUCAAAAUUUGAAAAAUCCAUACGAAAUUAACUUGAUGGAUGAAUUGACCUUAAGGGGUAUCACCAAUUACUAUGCGUAUUUGGAGGAGAACCAGAAGUUGCACUGUUUGAACACUUUGUUUAGCAGAUUGCAAAUCAACCAAGCUAUCAUUUUCUGUAACUCUGCAAAGAGAGUUGAACUGUUGGCUAAAAAGGUUACAGAAUUGGGAUUCUCUUGUUACUAUUCGCAUGCGAGAAUGCCACAGGACGCUAGAAACAAAGUGUUCCACGAUUUCAGACAGGGCAAAGUUAGAAUCCUCGUUUGUUCCGAUUUGUUAACAAGAGGUAUUGAUAUUCAGGCUGUCAAUGUUGUCAUCAACUUUGAUUUCCCAAAGACUGCAGAGACUUAUUUACACAGAAUUGGUAGAUCCGGUAGAUAUGGACAUUUGGGUCUAGCCAUCGAUUUCAUCACUUGGAAUGACCGUGAGAACUUGUUCAGAGUGGAGAAAGAGCUUGGAAUUGAAAUUCCAAAGAUUCCAAACCAAAUUGACGAAUCCUUAUACGUUGCACAGAAUGCAAAAGCUGUGCCAAAGCCAUUCCCAAUUCAAGAAAUGCCAAAGGCAAACACUGAGGGAUUCGGUUAUAAAGGUCAACCUGGAGAGGUUGCUCAGACGCAAGCAGGUCAACAAGUUAACCAUACUCAACCACAACUUUCGAGUGCUUCACCUUCCAAUGGCUCUGCUACUCCAUCUCAAGUACCAGCUCAGCCAGUACCACAACAGUUUGUACAACAGCAACAACAGCAACAGGGCUACCCACCUCAAGGAUACCCUCAGCAAUAUCCAGCUCCGGGCUUCAUUCCGCAAGGAUAUCCACCACAGGGCUACCCUCAAGGCUACCCACAACAGAUGUAUAACCCUCAGGUCUUCCCUCAAGGUUACCCACAACAAAAGCAACCUGCUUCGCAAUGA